GAAGUGGCUGUUUGCUGGAAUAAGAGCGAGUGAACCCUGCAUCGGCUCUCACUACUUCCUCAGUGUAGCUCAAAGGCAGGAACAAUGUUCUACAUCCUCCUGGUGCUGGGACUCGUCGUCCUCGCUUAUAUUUUCCGUCAAGUUGUGGUAAUAGGAAAGAGCUGCAAGAGCAAUGCAAAGCUGCAUGGGAAAACGGUGAUAGUUACAGGCAGCAACACUGGCAUAGGGAAGACCACGGCCAUAGAGCUGGCUAAAAGAGGAGCCAGAGUGAUCCUGGCCUGUCGCAGCAAGCAGAGAGGAGAAGCUGCUCUGCAGGACGUCAAGAGGGAGAGUGGCAGUAAUCAGGUGGUGUUCAUGCAGCUGGAUCUGGCUAGUUUUAAGUCGGUCCGCAGCUUUGCAGAGAACUUCCUGAAGACAGAACCCAGACUGGACAUCCUGAUCAACAAUGCAGGUCUCCACAUAUUUGACCGAACAGAGGACGGGUUCGGGAUGACGUUUGGCGUCAAUCAUCUCGGUCACUUCCUAUUAACCAACUUGUUACUGGACCGGCUAAAGGAGUGCGGACCAAGCAGGGUGUUAAACGUGUCAUCUACAAUGCACAAUGUGGGAAGUAUCGACUUUGACUGUCUGAACACACACAAAGAUCUGCGGAAAGGGACGUCUAUUUUGGAUGGCAUCAGAAUUUACAGCGACAGUAAGCUGUGCAACGUUCUCUUCACUCACGAGCUCGCCAAGAGACUGAAGGGAACCAAGGUCACUUGCUACUCCAUCCAUCCAGGGGGCGUCAAGACUGAGCUGGCCAGGAACACAGACGCGGCCUCUCAGAUGAUUCUAUCGAACCUUGGAAUAUUUUUCAUGAAGACCCCGCUCCAGGGAAGCCAAACUACGCUGCACUGCGCCCUGCAGGAGGGCAUCGAACACCUCAGUGGGCGCUACUUCUCCAACUGCACCGUGAGAAACGUCUUCGCCAAGGCUAGGGACGAUGCCGCCUCAAAGAAGCUGUGGGAGAUCAGCGAGAGGUUCUGUGGCAUCUAAAGUGCGUUUUAUUGCUCUUUAAUGUUGUUCAAAUAAAAUCUAUUAUUUCGUAAAGAGUAUAAAUAUGCUGUUAUCAACC